AGUUAUCACACUUUAAAAAUGUGGGUGGAGGGGAUGAACGAGAAAAGAAGUUAGUCUUACCUUACUGUGCUACUAGGAUAGUGAUAUAUAUAAAGUUGAAUAAUCAAUGGAAAGUAGAUCUAUAUGAUGAAUGAAAAUCUGUGAAGUUUGAACAAGCAGCCUUCCCAAGAUGUACCGAAUAUCUCAACUGAUGUCAACACCAGUAGCAAAUUCUUCCCGGUCUGAGAAACAAUAUGCCGUGGAGCUGUCUCCUCCAUACAUUUUCCCAAGCUUUGUCUGUGAUUUCCUGGAUGGUGACAGUUCCUUUGAGUGCUGCUCCAUAGAUCCCCUAACAGGCUCCCACUUUACCUGUCGCCGAAGUCCCAGACUCCUCACCAAUGGCUACUACAUCUGGACUGAAGACAGUUUUCUCUGUGACAAAGAUGGCAAUGUAACUCUGAGCCCCUCCCAGACCAGCGUUCUGUACAAGGAGAACUUAGUCAGAAUAUUUAGAAAGAAAAAGAGAAUCCGCCGUUCUUUUUCUUCUCUCUUCAACCUCAGUGCCUCUGAAUCUUGGCUACAUGGAAGCAUCCUUGGUAAUGUCGACUCUUCCCCCAAUGAGGACGUCUGGUUGGAGGGGGUCAGGAGGCUGGAAACAAACCAUUGCGAUGAAAAUGGAGGUGAUUUUGACUGUUCUGUGACUGAUGACUGGGAGUCGGAGAAGCCAAAUGCAGAGUCUGUGAAAAUCUCUUUUGCCAGCCACGUCGCAUCUCAGAGCCCCAGAGAAAACUCCCACAACCCACCUCCUCAGGCCCAAUCGACGGCUUCUGAACAUUUCCAAGAAAACAUAUCAGAUCAUCCAAAAACCAGUUUGUUACCAGAGGUCUCCUUUCAAGCAAUCCUGCUUGCUGCGUGCUUAACCAUGUCUGUCUGUGCAAGGUGGUUUCUGGGAGGAAUCAUAGCCAGUGUCUUCACAUGCUCCUUGGCGAUAACCAUUGCUUAUGUUGUCAAGUCAUCCUUUCUCGGCAUUGCCAACUAUUUGAGUCACCACCUGCACUUGGUUUGCCAAAAUUUGACAACCAUUCAGGAGUGGCUCUGAGGAAUGUCUUCAAUCUGAAUAUCCGGAAGUUGUCCAAUAUGUAAUCUGCUGGGAAUCAGCUGUUUUAUUGCAAAGAGUGAACAAUUGGAAACAGUGGAUAAUUGAGAAAAAAUGCAUUUUAAUUUAGUUAUGUAGUUUUAAAAAAAUCUCAGUUUUGCCCUCACAAUGAUAAUAUGCCUAUGAAAAUAAUAGUGAUUUGUCCUUCCUUUGCAAACACGAGCAGUUGAAAAGGAAAGGACUGGGAAACAUGACAGAGAACAAACCACCUGGAUGAAUGUUCCCCUAUUGUACCUUAAGGCAGUGGUUCACAAACAUUCAUUUUCAUUAGAGAAUUCCAUGAGGGCCUUCUAACAGUGCAGAUUCUGGGGCCCGCCUGCCUGCACCUAUUCCUUGCUGAACUGCUGCAAUUGAACAAGAAAAGGGAAUUUACACAAUCAACACCAACUGGAAAGUAAAUAAAUGCGGUUUGUACAUAGAAUAUAAUGUAGAAAAGGUUUGCAGUUCUUCCCAAGGAAUGGCCUCACAGGAAGUGGUGACAGUAGGUGAUGGCUGAUGGAAAAUGGGCAGGAGAGAGCCAUUGUUUAGAGAGUUCUUCUUCUGAACAAGUUUCUUUACCAAGUUUUCAGUCAUCUUUGGACUCGUGAUUACCUUUCACUCAUAUUGAAAUUCAAAUAAAGAUAUAACACACAAAAAAUGCCUUAGGAGUGAAAUAAAGGCAAAACACCACAGUGCUUUGAAAUACAUAAAAAUGGUACGGCUGCACUGCUGGGUCACAGGAGCUGCAGUGUCGCCAGCCCUCUUGCUUGGUGUAUGUUCCCAAAGCAAAUGUGGCCUGUGACUCAGAUUUGUU